AGGAAAGCCGGGUUGUUAUCAAAUUCGUGCAUGAUAACCAUAGAGAUUUGGCAAGUCUCACGGUUUACAACGCAAUUUGGACAUAAUUUGCAGAGUUUUCACUGUGGACUUUGAAAUAAUAGAGGGUGUGAACACCACGCCGGCAACAUGCCUGCCGGGGACUCUAGGAAGGAGUUUAUCCUGACAACAAUCGGCAAUUAUUUUGGUAUUCAGUCUUCUGACUCUACAAUAUCGCAGUCAUUUGACUCAGAAGAGUUAAAUAAUUUUUUGGAUGAUGGUAACUGUGGCGUUCUGUCUGUCCGACUGGAAACUCAUGGAGGAACUAGAAGACUUCAACUUCUCAAUAAGGUGGUGCCGAGUGAUGCAAGAGAGAAAAUGUUGGUAUUUUUCAAAUUACAACCAGACGUGAUAAACCCUGAUAAUAUGCAUACUAAUGUAUUUGUGUCUUCAAUGCUGGACUCGCCUGUAAACGCCUUGUAUCACUCUGUGCAAAAAAUAUUUGCACCAUUGCUACUUGAAAAUGAGAAAUGGAGCCGUAAUUUUGAUCCCAAGUUACAAAGUUUAUUGAGCGAAUUGGAAGCAGGUCUUGGUAGCGUCAUUCGAAAACAAGACCCAGCAAUGCGAAGAGGCAAGGCAGAUGACAGUUUAGCAGGUAUCUUAACACCGCUGGAUGAAUUCCAGUACUGGGCAGAAGUAUCCCUGUCCAGCUCGAAGUUGGAAGACAAGGAGAGGGCACAACAUUUCCAGGAAUUAUUCCAACCAAUAUCUGGUGAAUACAGCAACCUGGAUGCAUUGUCACUAGUGGAAGGUUUGGAUUUAGUGGAGAGUACACAGGAUUGUUUGGAUGACAUAUGGAAACAGACAGAAUUUGAACAAUAUCCUGAAGCUAGGAUGAAGCACUUACUGGAAGUCUUUGGUGGAUCACUGGGUAGAUUUGUGCAGCGAAGACUCAGCACAUUUGAUAUAUGGCGUGAUCCAUUUCACAAAGUGAAAGAGGCACUCAGAUAUGGGAUAUCUAUCUGUGAACGUUGGGUGAUGGCAUGCGACACAUUGACUGUUCAGUACUGGAAACGAUAUCCUGCACAUCAAUGGAAAGGAGAGAAGUACAAUCCAGAAGGUGUCAUCAACUUAGGUGCAAGAUUAGAAGAGGUUUCCACACUGAGAACUGUCCAUGAACAGCUAGUAAGAUUACUGUCUAACAGUGAGCAACAAGAGCUACGUACAGCUGAUGCAUUUGCACCCUUUGCUGGGUUGAACCCCUUACAGUAUAAUCCAUAUACCCAACCACUAUGGAAGGCUGCAGUGGCACAGUAUGAACGAGCAAUGGUCCCAGCUGAACAGAGAAUUGCUGGUAAACUCAGAACCCAGUUCCGGGAAUUGGAGGCCAAUUCUCACCAAUUAUUAAGAGAAUUUCAACGAUACAAGGAAUUAGUGAAAAGACCAAAUAUAAGCAAAGAACUUGUAGCUGAAAGAGAGACAUUGCUUGGACAACUACAAGUAUACAUUAAGACUAUCAGAGAUGAUUUUGUCACCAGGACUAAUGAUGGUACUUCACCAGCAGGUAAAAACUUACCUGAAGUGGUUAACAAUAUUGUGUGGGUCAGACAGUUGGAAGCUAAGGUCGAGGACACAUCCAAAACAGCUGAAGCCUUGCUGGGUGAUUUGUCAGGCUUCAGUAAGUUCCGUCGAGAUGCUGCCAGCUUAUUGGAUGAAUUACAGCAAUGGAGACAAGAUCAGUUUGAAAAUUGGUCACAAGAUAUGCUAGAUGCAAUAAAUGAUCCUUACAAGCCUCUCAGUCUUCAGACAAGUGGAAAGCUGAUGGAAUUAGACCACAAGGAUGGAAAGUUAAAAGUACACUACAGUGAGAGACUAGUGACGUUACUGAGAGAAGUCCGACAACUGCAAGCUAUGGGAUUCCCAGUACCAGCUAAGAUCCAACACACAGCGGCUACUGCUCAGAAGUUCUACAGACAUGGUGUAAUCCUAAAACAGGUUGCCCAUUUCUACAACACCAUUGAUCAACAAAUGAUACCAAGCCAACAAGCCAUGAUGUUGGAUUCUGCUCUGGCAUUUGAAAAAAUCAUUAAAAAUCCCAAACCUGGUGCCAAAGCCAGUGAUGGUAAAGUACAGAUUACCUGGGACAAUCCUGAGGAACUGGAAGCCUACAUCUCUAAGCUACAAGCAGCUGCUGACAGAUUGACUUCAGAAAACAGAAGGUUACGCAAGUGUCACAACAUUGUCUGUGAUAAGGUAGUGACAAUGAUGGGUAUUGAUCUACUCAGACAACAAGGCAAAUGGAAAGAAGGAUUAAUGGAAAUCAGACAACUGAUGGCCAACUUAGUUCAGCAGGGUUUCCGUCCAGAGAACAUGAAGCCAUGGAAAGCUCACUGGGACAGACAAUUGUACAAAGCUUUAGAGCACCAAUAUCAGAUGGGAUUAGAAGCAUUGAAUGAAAAUUUACCUGAAAUUAAAGUUGAACUUACUUAUAGACAACAUCGUCUACAAUUCCGUCCACCUCUUGAAGAAAUCAGGGCCAAGUACUUCAGAGAAAUGAAGAAAUUCAUCUGCAUUCCAAAUCAUUUCAAAGGUGUGGGUGAUGGCGGAGAAAACCUCAUCUUUUCCAUCAUGAUUGAGAGAAACGCAGCAGGGUUCACCACUGUAUACCAUAAAGCUGAGGACCUCUUCAGGCGACUAUCCGCUGUAAAAGACAAAUUCAAGGACUGGGUAGUGCUUGGUGCCUUAGACUUAGACCAAGUAAUUGAUGAACAUUUACAUACUGUACCAGACUGGGAAAGAAAUUUCAAAUCCUUGAAGGCGAGAGGUAGAGAUGCCGAAAAAUUACCGAGUGUUAUAAAGGUUGACUGCAUCACAGUGUCCACCAGUCCAGUAAGAGCCACAAUUGAUGACCACGUUCAGAAGCUGUUUGAUUCAUUGUUGAGUUCGUUGAGGCGUGCUAUCAGCAACCAUACUACAGAAAUCGAGAAGUUCCUUGAUGAUGCGAUGGAGGCUCUGUCUACUAGACCACAGACGGUUGAAGAGAUUGGUGUGGCAAAUGCUAAACAUGGUGAGCUGUCUGCUAAAAAACCAGAGAUUGUACCACUGUUUGAGAAAGCUGAGACCAAGAAUAAGUUGUUGCGCUCAGUAGCUGGUGGUGGCAUGGAUUCCAUAUCACAACUACAAGCCAGGUGGGACAAGUUUGAAUUGAUGAUGGAGAGCCAUGAACUCAUGGUUAAGGAACAGGUGGAAGUAAUGAAAAGCAAUGUAGCAUCUAGAGUACAAGUUUUUGAACAAGAUCUUGACAAGUUUGCAGCACGUUGGCAUCAAUUGAAACCUAAAGAUGAUCUUUUGGACAGCUCUGACAAAGAUGCUUGCAUGCAGGCUGUAGCAUCCAUCAAAGAAAAACGAGCAGAGUUUGAUGAGUUGGAAAAAACUAAACUGACUCUUGAGAAUGAUUGCAAACAUUUUGGUCUGGAUGUAGCAACGUUCACUGUCGCUGAUGAAGUUCGUGUUGACUUGGCCAAGUACGAGUCCAUGUGGUGUCUGUAUGAAGAGUUCAACAAUGAGUUGCAAGAACUCGCCAAGGAAGACUGGAUCUCAUUCAGAUCCCGUACUUAUCUGUUUGAGGAAUUCUUGACUCAGUGGAUGGAAAAGCUACGUGCCUAUGAGGAACCAACUACGAUGACAGUUAGAUUAACAAAGGAUAUAGAAAAAUAUGGAAUUGUGUUACCAUUGCUGAAGUAUGUACGUGGUGAAGUACUCUCACAAGAUCACUGGUUGGAAUUGUUUAGAAUGUUACGUAUGCCUAGAGGUACAACGUUAGAGAAGCUGGUCUUCGGUGACAUUCUGACUGCAUCUGAUGAGAUUGUCAAGAAAGGAAAUGACUUAAAGGAACUAUUUGCCAGAGCUCAAGGUGAAGUGUCAAUACGUGAAGCUUUGAGAGAAUUAGAACUGUGGGGAGCUGCAGCACUGUUCCAGCUCACAGAGUAUGUAGAUAGUCAUAAAGAAACACUGGCAUUGAUUAAAGAUUGGAAGGAACUUGUUAACCAGGUGGGAGACAAUCAAUGCCUUCUGCAAUCACUGAAGGAUUCUCCGUAUUACAAGGGAUUUGAAGACAAAGCUACACUUUGGGAACAACGUUUAGCUGACCUUGACGAGUAUUUACACAAUCUAAACCAGAUCCAGAGGAAAUGGGUCUAUUUGGAACCCAUCUUUGGUAGAGGUGCACUGCCAAAAGAACAACCACGUUUUAAGAGAGUAGAUGAUGACUUUAGGUCUAUCAUGAUGGAUGUAUCGAGGGACAAUAGAGUUCUGUCCAUGGUGGGUAGACCAGGUCUUAGAAAUACACUUAUAACACUGCUUGACCAAUUACAAAGAUGUCAAAAAUCACUCAAUGAAUUCCUAGAGGAGAAACGUUCUGCCUUUCCACGAUUCUAUUUCAUUGGUGAUGAUGAUUUGUUGGAGAUACUUGGACAGGCCACCAAUCCUGUUGUUAUCCAGUCUCAUUUGAAGAAACUGUUUGCUGGUAUACACAGUGUCAAGUUUGACGAAGGCAACCAACAGAUCCUGGCAAUGAAGUCCCUGGAGGGAGAGGUUGUGCCACUUAGGAAACCUGUUACUAUUACACCUGAAGUGGAGAACUGGUUGAGUCGCUUGUCAGACGAGAUGAAAGAUACAUUGCAACAAUUGUUGUUGGAUUGUAUUAAGGCAGGCAAGGGAAAUAACAGUGCAGGUGUAGAUCCAAACAAAUUCCCAUCACAGGUUCUGUGCUUGGCUGAACAGAUCCAGUUCACUGAGAGAUGUGAGGCUGCUAUUAAAGAGAAUGCUUUGCAGGAAUUCAUGAUAGAGAUUGAGUCUCAGCUGGAGUCCUAUACCAGUGUGGAUAUAGCAUCCCAUGAAGAUACCCAUGUUCUUGAAUUAAAACUCAAGGCUUUGAUCUUAGAUGUAAUUCAUGCCAUGGAUAUUGUCCAAGCUUUGCUGAAUGAUAACGUACAUAGCGUAUCAGAUUGGACAUGGCAGAAACAACUGAGAUAUUAUCUAGGAAGAGAUGGUUUGGCUCUAAUGAGAAUGGUGGAUGCUGAGUUCGAUUAUACAUAUGAGUACCAAGGCAAUGCUGCUAAAUUGGUGCAUACUCCACUGACUGACAAAUGUUACUUAACGCUAACCCAGGGAAUGCAUAUGGGGUUGGGAGGCAAUCCAUAUGGGCCAGCAGGUACUGGUAAAACUGAGUCAGUCAAGGCACUGGGUGGAUUAUUUGGUAGACAGGUCUUAGUCUUCAACUGUGAUGAGGGUAUUGAUGUGAAAUCAAUGGGUCGUAUUUUUAUUGGUCUGUGCAAGUGUGGUGCAUGGGGUUGUUUUGAUGAGUUCAAUCGAUUAGAGGAAGCCGUGUUGUCAGCCGUGUCUAUGCAGAUCCAGACAAUACAAGGUGCCAUUAAAAACAGAAACCCCACAAUGGAACUAUUGGAAAGAACUAUUGACCUGGAUCCAAACUCUGGUAUCUUUAUCACCAUGAACCCUGCUGGUAAAGGGUAUGGUGGCCGUCAAAAACUACCUGACAACUUGAAACAGUUAUUCCGUCCAGUGGCCAUGUCCCGUCCUGACAAUGAACAAAUUGCAGAGGUCAUUCUUUUCUCAGAGGGCUUCAAAGAAGCCAAAAGUCUGGGUAGGAAGUUGGUGGCAGUAUUCAACCUUUCAAAGGAAUUGUUGACACCACAGCAGCACUAUGAUUGGGGUCUGCGUGCAUUGAAGACUGUACUUAGAGGAUCUGGUAAUCUACUACAACUUGCUAAGAGGAAUACCACAGAUAAGAUUGAUGAAAGCAAACUAGUGGUACAGGCUGUACGUGUCAAUACACUAUCUAAACUGACAUUUGCUGAUGGUAAAAGAUUUGAUUCCUUACUCAGAGAUGUUUUUCCGGGUGUUGAGCUUAAAGAUAUUGAGUAUGAGACCUUGGCAGCAGCUCUCAGAGAAGUGUGUAAGGAGCUACACCUGGUGGUAGCAGAGCAGCAGAUCAAGAAGGCUUUGGAGCUGUAUGAGCAGCUAAGACAACGUAUGGGAGUGGUAAUCGUGGGACCCAGUGGAUCCGGCAAAUCUACACUCUGGCAGAUUCUGAGACUGGGUAUGGCCAAGAUUGGACAGGUGGUCAAACAGUAUACUAUGAAUCCGAAAGCUAUGCCAAGAACACAGUUACUUGGUCAUAUCGACAUGGACACAAGAGAGUGGUCUGAUGGAGUGCUGACUAGCAGUGCCAGACAGGUUGUCAGAGAACCACAAGAAAUUCAGUCAUGGAUAAUCUGUGAUGGUGAUAUUGACCCUGAAUGGAUCGAGUCAUUGAACUCUGUACUGGAUGACAACCGAUUACUAACCAUGCCAUCUGGUGAACGUAUCCAGUUUGCUCCUAAUGUCAACUUUGUGUUUGAGACUCAUGAUUUAAGCUGUGCUUCUCCAGCUACAAUAUCCAGAAUGGGUAUGAUUUUCCUCAGUGAUGAGGACACUGAUGUCAAAGCACUAGUUACAUCUUGGUUAGCAAAACAACCAGAUGAUGCACAGUCCAGAUUACAAGGCUGGAUUGAAGAUUACUUUUACAAAGGUCUGGAAUGGGUGAUUAAACAGAACGACAUGGUGGUGGAGACCAGUCUGGUUGGUGUGGUCAUCAAUGGCUUAUCUCAUUUGCAUGGAUGUGUUAGCAAAGCACAUUUCAUUGUGGCACUCAUUAGAGGGUUAGGUGGUAACCUCAAUGAGAAUAGUAGAUUGGCAUUUGCAAAAGAGGUUUUCCAUUGGGCACAUGAAAUGCCACCUGACCAGAAAAAACUCUUGGACACGUAUUACGAUGAAGACACUGGAAGACUAAUGUCUUACCAGUUAGAUGUCCGUGAGCUGACAGCCGAAGAUUUCAGCUCAGUCAACGGUUCACUGCCAGUUAUAAGAACCACAGAUGUGCAGAGAUGUUUAGAUAACCUGAAACCAUGGUUACGAGCAGAACAUAAACAACCAUUCAUUUUAGUCGGCCCUGAUGGUUGUGGUAAAGGUGAAAUGAUAUUAAAGCACUGUUUUGAGUUGUUGAGGUCGACCCAGAUUGCCACCAUACAUUGCAGCGCACAGACGUCACCAUCCCAUGUGUUACAGAAACUAGCUCAGACAUGUAUGGUUAUCAGUACCAACACUGGUAGAGUGUAUAGACCAAAAGACUGUGAGCGUCUGGUCUUGUAUCUCAAAGAUAUCAACCUACCAAAACCUGAUAAAUGGGGUACCAGUCAGCUGAUUGCAUUCUUACAACAGGUGCUGACAUACAAAGGGUUCUAUGACAGUAAUUUGGAAUGGGUUGGAUUGGAAGGGGUUCAGAUAGUUGCUAGUAUGAAUGCCGGUAACACACUUGGAAGACAUCGACUGACAAGUAGAUUCACAUCCAUAGUACGCAUAUGCUGUAUAAGUUACACAGAUAUUGAUCAACUUCAGUCGAUCUAUGGUGCGUAUUUGACACCUGUCCUGCAUCGUAGUCUGCAAUCACAUCCUGUUUGGGCAUCAUCAGCUAAAGUACAUCAAUUGGCUGGCUCCAUGGUUCAAGUAUACGAACAGACUCGACACAAGUUCUCAGUUGAUGACUACAGUCAUUAUCUAUUCACUCCUCGUGAUUUGUCACUGUGGGUUCUGAGUCUACUGAGGUAUGAUCUGAAUGCAUCUGCAUCUGAGAGCAGCAGUGAUCAUGUGUUAGAAAUAUGGGCGUAUGAAGCAAGGAGACUGUUCCGCGACAGACUAGUUGGCACCGAUGGUCUUGCAAAGUUUGACAAUAUCGUGAUGGGUGUAUUGCAGUCUGAUUGGAGUGCUGGCCACUUGCUGGAUAGGCUAGAAGCUGCUUUCUAUGUGACAUGGGGAGCCAGAGCUGACAGUGGGCUAUCAGCACCAGGUGCACCAUUACCACCCAAUGGUAAACCACUAGGAAAACUGAAUAAAGAUGAUCUUAGAGAGGUGAUCAAUAAAGGAUUGGUACAGUAUGGUCGUGAGAACAGAGAACUGGACAUCAUCUUGUUCAGAGAGACCCUUGACUUCAUGGCUAGAGUUGACCGUGUUCUAACACUUCCCGGUGGUUCACUGUUGAUGGCUGGUAGGAGUGGUGUUGGUCGACGUACUGCCGUAACUGUUGCUUCAUACAUGCACCGUAUGCAGUUGUUUACACCAAAGAUUGGCAGAGGAUAUGCAGUUAAACAUUUUAAGAAUGAUCUUAAGACAGUGAUGCAGCUUACUGGUGUUGAAGGAGAACAAGUGGUCUUACUACUAGAGGAUCACCAGUUUGUAGAACAACAGUUUUUAGAGUUAAUUAACAGUCUGCUAGCUGCUGGUGAGGUACCUGGCUUGUACACACCUGAAGAGCUGGAACCCUUGCUGUCACCACUCCGUGACCAAGCAUCAGAAAUGGGUUUUAGGGGCACAUUGAUAAACUAUUUCGCUUCACGUGUGCAGACAAACCUCCAUAUUGUGCUAGUAAUGGAUAGUUCAAACACCAAAUUUUCAGUCAAUUGUGAAAGCAAUCCAUCAUUCUAUAAGAAAUGUUCAGUACAGUGGAUGGACAGCUGGAGUAGAGAGAGCAUGCUUAAGAUUCCUAAGAUCUUACUAACUCGUGCACCAAAGGUAGAAGGUGCAUCUCUGGCCAGCAAAGAUAAACAGCGUAAGCGUAAACUAUCCGGUGGUGAUGAACUACUCAAGAACUUUCUACAGAUUCAUGAAUCAAGUGGGAGGAUUAUGUCGACUCCACGUCGUUACAUGACGUUCCUUUGUACAUACAUGUCUGUGUAUGGGAAUAAGAAACAACAUGUUGAAAAAAGACAGCACCAUUUACAGGCUGGGUUAUCCAAACUGAAUGAAGCAUCUGCUUUAGUGGAAGAACUGAAGAGUAAAGCCGCCCAGCAGAGUUUGUUACUAGCCCAGAAACAAGAAGAAGCUGAUACAGCACUGGGUGAGAUCACUACUAGUAUGCAGAAUGCCAGUGAACAAAAAAGUGAGAUGGAAACACUGAAAGCUAAGACUGCAGAAGAGAAUGUAAAACUAGAGAAGAGAAAGAAAGCCAUCGAUAUUGAAUUAUCUGAAAUUGAACCAUUAGUGAGAGAAGCUAAACAGGCUGUGGGUAACAUCAAAUCAGAAAGUCUGAGUGAAAUCCGGGCACUGCGUGCACCACCUGAUGUGAUUAGAGAUAUUCUAGAGGGCGUACUCAGACUAAUGGGCAUCUUGGAUACAUCAUGGAACAGUAUGAGAAGCUUUUUAGCAAAAAGAGGUGUGAAGGAAGAAAUCUCCACUUUUGAUGCUCGUAAAAUAACUCCAGAUAUUCGAGAGGGAUGCGAGGACUUGCUGCAGAAGAGAGGGAGUUCCUUUGAAGCAAAGAAUGCCAAACGUGCCAGUGCUGCCGCUGCGCCAUUGGCUUCCUGGGUUAGAGCUAAUGUCAAGUACUCCUAUGUAUUAGAAAAGAUUGAACCUCUAGAGACGGAACAAAAUCAGCUCAGAAAGAAUCUGCAGAAAGCAAUGUCUAGAAUGGAGAAACUCCAGAAAGGUCUAGAUGAAGUGGAUAGGAAGGUAUCGGAACUGAGAAAUAAAUUUGAGAAACGUACAACGGAAGCUGCCAAGUUGAAAUUAGACUUAGAUAAAGCCCAGGAUACUAUACAGAGUGCGGAGACGCUGGUUGGGAAGUUAGAAGGUGAACAUCAACGCUGGAAUGAGCAGGUUAAGGAGUUAGCAGAAGAACUAAAGACCCUGCCAAAGCGUGCUCUUCUAGCUUCUGGCUUCAUCACUUACCUGUCAUCAGAACCGGAGGACAUCCGACGCAAUAAACUGUUACUGUGGAUGGAGUACACAGGUCUGAAUCAGUUUGAUUUGAGACGAUUCAUGAGCACAGAGAGUGAGCAGUUGAUAUGGAAAAGUGAAGGAUUACCGGGUGAUGAGUUGUCAAUGGAGAAUGCCAUGGUUAUAUUGCAGAGUUCACUUCGACCCUUCUUAAUUGAUCCAUCAUCCAGAGCUACUGAGUGGUUGAAAUCUCAUUUAAAAGAAUCCAGACUAGAGGUUGUUAAUCAGCAGGAUGCUAAUUUCACAACAUCAUUAGAGUUAGCUGUGCGUUUUGGAAAAACUUUGAUCAUUCAGGAAAUGGAUGGUAUUGAACCAAUUUUGUAUCCCAUUCUUAGAGGAGAUCUGAUCAGUCAAGGACCCAGGUAUGUUGUGCAGAUUGGUGAGAAAGUGAUUGAUUAUAAUGAAGAUUUCCGUCUCUUUAUGACGACCCGUAAUCCAACACCAGAAAUUCCUCCAGAUGCUUCAUCUAUUGUAUCUGAAGUCAACUUUACAACCACUAGAGCUGGCCUCACAGGACAGCUUUUAGCAACAACCAUUCAACAUGAAAAACCUGAACUGGAAGUCCGCAAAACUGAGUUACUGAGAACUGAGGAAGAAUUGAAGAUACAGUUGGCACAACUAGAGGAGUCGUUGUUACAAAAACUUGCCCAAGCUGAAGGUAAUAUACUGGAGAACAAAGAUUUGAUUGAGUCCUUAAACAAGACAAAGGCAAGCAGUAUGACUAUUGCUGAAUCUCUGACCGAGUCAGUGAGACUGCAGUCAUCAUUAGACCAGGAGAGGAAUACUUACCUACCAUUAGCAGAGAGUGGAAGCACGUUAUUCUUUGUGAUCAGUGACUUGGCUAAACUUAAUAACAUGUAUAGGUUUAGUCUUGGUGCAUUUCUGAGACUUUUCCAGAGAGCGUUACAGGCCAGAACGGAUGGUAGUAGUACUGAGAUGCGGAUAAAAACACUCAGUAGUUCACUACAGAACCUUGUCUAUGAAUACGUAUGUAGAUCAUUAUUCAAAGCCGACAGGUUGAUGUUUGCAAUGCAUAUGGUACAUGGUACUUACAGAAACAUGUUUGAAGAAAAUGAGUGGGAAACUUUCCUUGGUCUGAUUGUAUCUGAUGUGAAAUCUGACAUGUCAAGACACUCCAGAGAAAUGCCAUCUUGGAUAGAUCAAGAAAGACACACUGCUGUAACACUGCUAAAGACUACUUUCCCAAACUUCUAUCAAACUCUAUGCCUGGAAGACAGUGAUCUGUGGCUGUCAUUCUCCCGGAGUUCUCAGUGUGAACAGGAAUUCCCACCAGCCUUGCUGAAGAAAAUUACACCAUUCCAACAGGUAUUAGUGGUACAAGCAAUAAGACCUGACAGACUACAGAGUGCUAUGAUUCUAUUUGCAUCAAGAUCACUUGGAAUGAAGGAGUUAUCACCACCAGCAUUGAACUUGAAAAGAUUACUAAAUGAGACGGUCUCUACAGAACCUAUCUUGAUUAUCAUAUCACCUGGUGCUGACCCAUCUCAAGAACUAUUGGAGUUAGCUGAUGAAGUCGUAGGACCUGAACGAUUCCAUCAAGUUGCUAUGGGUCAAGGGCAAGCUGACAUUGCUAUGCAAUUACUGCACGAGUCUGCUCGUAAUGGUGAAUGGUUGUGUCUGAAGAAUCUCCAUUUGGUAACAAGUUGGCUGCCAUUGCUGGAGAAGGAGUUGAAUUCUUUAGAACCGCACCAAGAGUUCCGUUUGUGGGUAACUGCUGAGGUCCAUCCCAAAUUCCCAACAAUUCUUCUGCAGUCAAGUCUCAAAGUUACAUAUGAGGCACCUCCUGGUAUCAAAAAAAAUCUGCUGCGUACAUAUGAAUCAUGGUCACCAGAAUUCAUUGCUAAAGGCAGUAACCCAGUGAGAGCACAAGCUUUGUUUGCGUUGGCGUGGUUCCAUGCAGUCAUGCAAGAAAGGAGAAACUACAUCCCGCAAGGAUGGACCAAAUUCUAUGAGUUUGCAAUGUCUGAUCUGCGUGCUGGAGCUGAUAUCAUUGACAGACUAGGAAGCAAGGAAGAUCCGUGGAAGUUUGUACAUGGUUUAUAUGAGAACGCCAUCUAUGGUGGAAGAGUUGACAACCCGUUUGAUAUGAGAGUACUGAUAUCGUACUUGGAACAAUACUUCAACAAGGAAGUGUUGUCUGGCAGUGGUUCACGUGGCAGAGGCAAACGACUGGUGUCUAAUAUUAAUCUACCUGGUACCUGCCACUACAGGGAUUAUGUAGAUUUAAUACAAUCUCUACCUGAGGAGGAUAAACCCCAGUAUUUUGGUUUACCAGCCAACAUAGAAAGAUCAGCUCAGCGUACAAUCAGUAUACAAGUCAUCUCUCAGUUGAAAGUAUUGAUGAGAUCUGAUGUAGCAGAGGGCAAGUUCGAUAAAGAGAAAUGGGCCAAUGAGUUGACUCCUAUACUUAAUCUGUGGAAGAAGCUGAAUCAGGGUUCCCACUUGAUACAGAUGAAGGUUGAAGCACCAAGUGAUAAGACUGGCAAUGUGGCUCCUAUCAAUUCAUUUAUCCAGUUAGAAAACUACAAUGCUGUUAAGUUGGUUCAGUUUGUGCAUUCUACUCUAGCUAGACUCAGUAAAGUUAUCCGAGGUACCAUGUUAUUGACAACUGAAGUACAGGCGAUGGCUACAUCCUUGCUUAAACAAGAGACACCAGUCAGCUGGCUGAGUAAAUGGGACGGACCUGAAGACCCAAUACACUUUCUCAGAUCAUUAGUAGCCCGUACAAUGGCCAUACAGAACUGGGUAGAAAAAGCUGAGCAUGGAACAUUAUUGUCCAGUAGUUUAGAUAUGUCUGAUUUAUUUCAUCCGGAUACCUUCAUAAAUGCUCUUAGACAACAAACUGCUAGAGAGACUAAGACCUCCAUGGACAAUUUGAAAUUUGCCUGCACAUGGCAAGGUGGAAUAUCUGGAGCCAGAACACAAGUAAAAGUGAGUGGUCUACAGCUAGAAGGGUGUACAUUUGAUGGUAGACAUUUAUCUGAGAAUCAGAGAGAUUCCUCCAGUGUAUCAGCUAUACCUGAAUGUACAGUUGCUUGGAUAAUGAAGGAUAUGCCGAAUCCGUACAACCUGGAUGAGUGUAUAUCUCUACCUAUAUACUUCAGUGCUGAACGUGAGAAGAUUGUAACUCAUUUGAAUAUACCAUGUGGUGGUGGCCAAUACCAAUGGAUUCAGACUGGGGCAGCUCUGUUCUUGAAGAGUCAAUAAAAUAUAUGCCGCUCAUUACAGUGAUGUAGUAAUAAUUUCAUUCGAUAUAUGUAUUACUUAUCAUGAUUGCUGUUUC